GCUGUACUCACUUGUGUGCUUGAGCUGUUUUCUUAUAUUCAAUGAUGUAUCAGAAAAUAAUCACGCCAAUCUUUUCCUACUCCAAAUAAAGAAUUACAGAGAUGGAAACGAAUUGGCAAUUAUUAAUAUUCCAACAUGUACAAGAAAGAUAGACAGAGUCAAGGCACUACAAACCAAGGAGCGUUCCUGAACAAACCCUUCACGCUUGUUUUUUUUAAAGUUCACCUGAGGUGAAUCAUGUGAUAUGAGUGCCGAUAGACAAUUGAUUAUGAGAAAUAUGUCGAAGUUGAAAGAUGUGGCCGAUGAUAGAAAUGCACGAAGAGGGAUACUUGUAUACGGUAGAAAAGAUCGCAAUGCAGUGGAAAUUGACAAAUUCUGGGAGAACCAAUAAAUGUUAUUUGAUUACACAGCUGAAUACAACUACACCGGAAGAACGAUGACACAGGAUAGACUAGAAGAAGAGCUGCAUAUAGAGGACUAAAUGGACCUGCGUGCAGAAACCACCUAAGGUAAGGUAACACAUUCAUCCUUGCGACUAAACAAAAACAUACUGUGCACUUGCUUGGAGGCGAUACGUUAGAUAAAAGUAAUGCAAAUGGAAAAUCAAAAGACCAUUUCUGGAAAUGUUUUCUGUUCUAUGGCAGACGACAAUGAUUUGAAAAAUGACUAUGUACCUUAUGAACAGGUUAAGGACACCAUCUUGAAAAUUGAAUUUUUAAAAGCUGCUAAUGCAAAUAUUUCUUCAUUCCUGCCGUCAUGGGCUGAUGAUGAAUAUUUCAUGCAGUUACACAAACCGAAGAAAAUAAAGAAGAGAAAUAUGUUUGAGAUAAGCAUGGAAACUGGAGAGGCAGUGCUGGAGAAAGAGCCAGAAAACAAGGCAAUCAUUGAGAGCGGACGGGCAAUACCAAAUGCAGAGAAUGGACCAAUCACACAUUCUGUUCCUGGGAUUAGUGGUGAAGAACUAAGAUAUAAAAACAGAGGAUUUUGGAGUAUAUAUCAUGAGCAUUGCGAUAAGGCAUGCGCAAUAGUUCUCCAAAAUAUAACAGUCCAGAAACUAGACCAGGAUGACGGCAGUGUUAUGGUAGAAAUAAAAAAUGUGAACACUUCAGAUGCGAACCAGGAUAUGGAAAAUGAGUGUUUACAGAAAUCUGUUAAAUCACAAGAGUUGAAACAGAAAACCAAGCCAGUCAAAAGUGGACUGGACAAACCUGGGGAGCUUACUGCAUUAGAAACAGAGAAAAUACAAAAGUUUAUUCCCCGAAAGCUGUUUCUAUCGAGUAUAGAAACCUUUAAACUUGCACCCGAUACCCAGGAUUCCACCAAGAACAAAGAAGAGGAGACCAAGCCCGUGAAACCAAGGCCUUUACCGUGUAGUUUCCUCUGCACCACGGGACUUACUCCUGCAGAAGAACCCCGUGUGGCGAGAACGCGGAGAACAUGGAGGGAUCGCAUUCUCGGAUUUUUUUUAUUUAAAAGAUAGACAUUCUGAAAAUUAUGAAGAUAGAAACGUGAUUUUAAAGGAUUUUUUGGUACUUUGCAAACGUAUUACGUAUGUUCAUGGUGUUCUGAUAUGGAUUAAAUUUGUUUUCAAACUGUUA